AACUUUCAAUACUUGGGAUUUAAUUGGCAUUUAUAUUGCAAAAUAUUUAUAUUUAUACAGCUAAACAUCCAAAUUUACUUCAUUUUGUGUGUGUCCUUCAACAAUUUGGAUUCCGUACCCACUUUCAUUAACAUAAGAAUCGAAUUUGUGAUUUUCUAACUCCAUGGGACCCUUACUAGAUUAAUCUAUUUGUCAUUGUGUAUUGGCGCGAAAUCACUGAAUAAAAAGAUACAUAAAAGUGAGAUUGAUCGGCUAUAAACACUUUCAUCUUCUUUGACAUUGAACCAAUCACUGCGGACAAAAGACAUCUAGCCAAGAUCGAUACAUAUUUAGUGAAACAUAUCGAUUUGUUUCCAAUAAAACAUUUAAUACAUCCGGAUACAUUUCUUCAAUUUCAUACAUCUUGGAUAAGGAGAAGAAUUAAACAGAUUUUAGGGACAAUGUUUAGUAAGGCUUCUACAUCUUCAGGAGGGGAUUCCUUAAGCAAGGAAAGUUCAAGACUGGACUUGAGAAAAUCCCAAGUCAAAUCACCAAACGCAGAACUGUUCAGACGGGAAAGUAGUAUGGCUUUAAGUUCUACGCCAGCUUCGAAAACUCCCCCACAGGGAUUCGCUGCAGGUGCUUCACUCGUUGGAUUACUUGCUUCAAAAAGGUUGGCAAAAAGGCUAAGCAACAAGAUCCACAAUAACCGUACUGGGAGUGUGAUGAGCUCCAGAUUGUCUGGAAUGGGAAUAAGACGUGAGCCAACAUACCGCAUGGAACCAUAUAAGAAAUUCGAUCCACAGAGAGUCGAAGCAGUUAUUAAGGGUGUAGUCAGUGACAAACUUGGAGGAUACAAGUAUAACCCUAAACUUUGUGCUGUCAUGAGUAAAGUGAUUAGUGAAGAAAUACGUGAUAAAGUUAAGGCACUCCAUUUUGACAGAUACAAAAUUAUAUCCUCUGUUGUAAUUGGGGAAAAGAAAAAUCAGGAUAUUAUAACUUGUAGUCGAUCUGUUUGGGAUGACAAGUUAGAUAGCUAUGCAGUGUACAACUAUCAAAUUGACAAUAUUAUGUGUGCUGUUACUGUAUAUGGAAUUUAUUUUGAGUGAAUCAGAAACGUUCAGGUACGGACAUGUUUACUGUAUUCAUACAAAGUUUGUAACCAUGAAAUAUGAUAUUUUAUAUACAAUGAUUAAUUAUUUAUUUUGAAUCAAAACUCUUUAUUCUUUCAAUUUCCGACAAGAGACGUCAAUAAACCGUAUUGAUUGAACAUAACAGGUGCGAUCCAUACGCGAGGAAAAGUAGAUGUUUUUACGUGUUAUUACUGCUUAUUUUAUUCUUCUAGAGUAACCAAUUAUUUUCCAGGGUAAGUUGACGAUGGCAUACUGAUACCGAUAUGUAUCGGACCGUACGGUAUUUCGACAAUGAAUGGUCUAAAGUUAUACAAUUCUAACCACUUAUUGAAAGUGUGAGAACGAAAUGUACGCUGAACAUUUGCAUUGAAAUUAAAUUAAAUGAAUAUUGUUUUAACAGCGAACGAAGUCAGUAAUGCAAGGAUUUUAUUUAUCUCUACCUUUUCCUUUAUUUUAUACUAUGCAUGGCCUUGACUUUGUACCAUUUACCUUAAAAUUAAAAUAUACAAAUGCUUCCCACCUAUCGAUGUUUGUCAGAAAAAAUCUGAGUAAAGCCUUGAACUCCAAAUAAACAAUCGUUUUCUUCUUUUAAUACUAGUAGCUCUAAUCUUUGAACAUGUAACCAUGCAUAGAUGUAUAACCCUACGGGUCAUACAUCUAUGUUGUAACUGACUUAAACUCUUGCUUUACUAUUCUCAUUACUAAACUAAGUUGGAAAAUGACAAACGUAUAAAGAAAGCUCUUCCAUGUCUAAUGCUGUUUUAACUUUUGCCAUUUUUUAAUUGUAUUGGGUUAGGAUUGCAAGUUGCUGGUUUCGUUGUUUGAUAUUUGUCCAGAAAACACAAGUCGUACUAAAGUCAGUUUAAAAUAGAUGUCACAGGGGCGGUUCCAGCCAUUUAAAAAAGGGGGGUUCCCAACCCAGAGUAAAAAGGAGGGUCAAACUAUAUGCUCCCAUUCAAAUGCAUUGAUCGGCCAAAAAAAGGGGGUU